AUGGCUCCUCCAGCCAUGAUUCGCUGCCUUGUCAGCCUUCUCUUCUUCCUUAUGGCGGUCAUGGCUGAGGGAAAACCCCUAACCAGCACAAAACCGCCACAAUUGUGCCCUGAUAGUUGCCCAGAGUAUUGUACAGUUGAUUGUACCACAUGCAAGCCUAUUUGCAUUGCAAAGCCACCUCCCCCACUACCCAACCAAAAAAAAUCACCACCUCCGCCACCGAAAAAACCAAAAAAAUCCCCACCUCCACCUCCAAAAGGGCCGAAACGCUCCCCACCUCCACCACCAAAAAAGCCAAAACGCUCUCCACCUCCACCACCAAUGCCAAAGCAUUUGCCUCCUCCACCAUCAUCAAUUCUGUUUCCGCCACCCUCAUCAACACCUCCUCCACCUACACCAACUUCAAACCCCCCUCCUAGUCCCCCACCACUAGUAUCAGGGAAAACGGUUUACUGCAAGAACAAGGACCCACUUUUCAGCAAUGCUAUCGCCAGGAGCAGCGUUGCCCAAGUACUUGUCCAGAUACCUGUCAGGCCAGGAGCAGUCUGCCAAGAUCCUCGAUUUGUUGGGGCUGAUGGACUUACCUUCUACUUCCAUGGCAAAAAGGAUAGGGACUUCUGCAUAGUUUCUGAUUCCAACCUGCACAUCAAUGCUCACUUCAUUGGCAAGAGAAAUGGGAACAUGACAACAGACUUUACUUGGGUCCAGUCCCUAGACAACAAUUUAGCCAUAAUUGAAGUGGAAGGGAACUUCCAGAUUAAGGCAACUGUGGUGCCCAUUACGGAAAAAGAAUCCAGGAUACACCAGUAUGGGAUUACAGAUGAAGACUGCUUUGCUCAUCUUGAUAUGAGCUUUAAGUUCUAUUCAUUGAGUGGUGCAGUGAAUGGAGUUUUAGGUCAGACAUAUGCCAAUAAUUAUGUUAGUAGAGUCAAGAUGGGAGUAAACAUGCCAGUUUUGGGAGGAAAUAAGGAAUUUGCUUCUUCAAACAUAUUUUCAACAGACUGUGCUGUCGCCAGAUUCAUGGGAACUUCUUCAGCGUCUGCAGAUAACUUUGAAUACGAGAACUUGAACUGUGCAAGCAGGCUUGAUGGCAGUGGAGUGGUGUGCAAGAAAUAA